AUGAGUGAUGUUUCGUCUCGUCUCUUCAUCAGCAUUUUCUCUUCCAUUAUAUCUUUUGUAUUAUCUCGUAGUAUAGCAUUAAAUUCAAAUAUUGCUAUUGAUGAUCAUAGUCAUAUCAUCCGAACAAAACUUGGAAUUAUACAUGGAAUUAAACAGGAGUUUGAGGGACAGCGGGUUAAUGCAUUCCUUGGAGUUCCAUAUGCUCAUCCACCAAUCGGUACACGACGUUUUGCUCUUCCAGAAAUGAUUGAACCAUGGAAAGGCGAAUUUGAAGCAAAAAAAUUAGCAAAAACCUGCUAUCUUACUAUAGAUGAUCUUUUCCCACAAUUUCCUGGAGCUGAGAUGUGGAAUCCACCCAAUACGAUAUCUGAAGAUUGCCUCAAUAUGAACAUUUGGGUCCCUGAAGAUCAUGAUGGCUCCGUCAUUGUAUGGAUAUAUGGCGGAGGAUUCUUCAGUGGAAGUCCAUCUUUAGAACUUUACGAUGGACGUGUUUUAGCUGCUAAAAAAAGAAGUAUUGUUGUGAAUAUCAAUUAUCGUUUGGGACCAUUUGGUUUUCUUUAUUUUGGUGAUGACACUAAAGUUCCAGGAAAUAUGGGAUUAUUGGAUCAACAAAUAGCUCUUAAAUGGAUACAUUUACAUAUCGAUUCUUUUGGUGGAGAUCCUAACCGAGUUACCUUGUUCGGUGAAUCGGCUGGCUCUGCAUCAGUUACGGCUCAUCUAGCUGCACCCGACAGUUAUACAUUUUUCCAAAAAAUCAUAGCAAGUAGUGGAUCAAUUAUCAAUACUUGGGCUAGUCGAACGCCAGAAGCCAUGAAAGAGUUAUCGUUACGACUAGCUAAACGACUUAACUGUACUGAUUCAAAUACAACAAAUAUGAUUCGUUGUCUACAAGCUGUGUCAGAUGCGGCUUUACAGAAAGAAGCAGAUCAAGUCGGCUAUGACAUCGGCUUGCCAAUGACGUUUGCCUUCGUGCCCAUCAGUUCAGACAAGAAUUUCUUCAAAGGUGAUGUGUUUGAUCGUUUGAGACGACGCGACAUCAAAAAAGAUGUCUCAGCCAUAAUGGGAACUGUCCGAGAUGAAGGAACAUAUUGGCUUCCAUACUACAUGAGUAGUAAUCAAUUUGGAUUUAAAUUUAAUCAUACAAUAUCGGCUGAUGAUACGCAUAAUAAAGCUCUUAUAACAAGACAACAGUAUAAGCAAUCUAUGGAAGCGUUCAUGCCUUACUUUGGCAACUCUCAACUGGUGAAGAACGCCUUGAUGAAUGCUUAUCAGUAUGUUUCUGAAAGUCCCGAUCCCUCAGAGCAACUACGUGAUGGCGUUGGUCGUUUCUUGGGUGAUCAUUUCUUUACUUGUAGCUUAAUUGAGUUUGCUGAUAUAAUAGCUGAUACAAUAGAUGGUUCUGUUUUCAUGUACUAUUUCACAUUUCGAUCAUCCGCUAAUCCAUGGCCUAAAUGGAUGGGUGUCAUGCAUGGAUAUGAGAUUGAGUAUGCGUUUGGACAACCUUUCUGGCGUUCACACCUUUACGAUCACGAUCGUUUGAAUGUUGAGCAAAGUUUUUCGCAGUUUAUAAUGAAUCUGUGGACUGAUUUUACUGCCAAAGGAAGUCCAGCUUCAUUCUGGCCGAAGUACAAUCGACUAGAUAGAAAAGCAUUGGAAAUUGGAGAAAAAUCAGUAAAAGGUGAACAUAGGAUUGUUGUUGAUAUACAUGGAUCAUACUGCCGACUAAUUGAAGAAGGAAAAUCAGUUGCUGGUUCUGCAUCCGAUUGUCGUGCUCGUCGUGUAGAAGGCUCAUUGCUCCGAUCACCCUCAUCAUCAUCUUCACAAUCAAUAGCUGUUCGCCUCAUCAACGAAUCUCUAAAUAUGGCUGGAAUAGCUAUAUAUUUAUUAUUAUGUGGUAGUAUAUUAGCUGUUAAUGCUGGUGGCGGUUAUCAAGGUGGUUAUGCGCCAGGUGUCGGACAUGCUGUACCUGUAGGGUUCAAUCCAGGCGGUGGAGCCAUUCAAACAUGUGGACCGGCUGGUUGUGAUUUCAAUCCAGCUUUAUUAGCUGGAAGUCAACGUGGAUAUCCCGGAAUUCGUGCCCGCUUGAAUUCACGUUCAUUCCAAUACGCUAGCACAUUAGUAGGAGACUUGUUGAAUUCGGAAAUCAAAAAAGCCCGUAUUCCACCUAUCUCUCAAUGCAUUCCUCAGGUUCAAGGCUGCGUGCAAAUUUAUAAUUUAUAUGUCUCAAGAUAUCGUUGUCCUCAACGUGUUGCUUUAUAUCCAGCUGCUCCUAAUAGACUUAUCCUUCGCGUAGAAAAUGUUGAUAUUGGAGUUACUGGUAAUCUUGGUGGACAAAUCGUCGUUCUACUUCCAAUUGCUUUAACUGGAAUUGUUCAAUUGAAUAUUCAUCAAGCAACGAUCACUGUUGACUUGGCUAUUGAACGUGGACCAAACGGACCAUACGUACGUGUCAACUCUUGCAAUGUCCAAAUUGGAUAUGCUGAUGCUUACAUCGAGAACGGUGGUCUCAUCGGAGAUAUCGUCAACAGCCAAUUCCGGAGUCAAAUUUCUGGAAUGGUCAGAAAAAUGAUUCCUGGCCAAGUUUGUGGUCAAAUUCCUUCAAUUGUUAAUGAAAAGCUGAACAGCCGUCUUUCUGGCUUACCACAAACAAUCGGAGUUUCUCAAAUGCUUUCCAUGUUCGGAGGCGCUUUAGGCCUCGGCGGUGGUGCCCCACAACCUUCCCCACAAUAUUGCCAAACUCAAUGCUCAGCUAGACCAGUUGUUAUUCCAUCUGUUUCUCAACAAUCUAUUCCCCCACCUCAAUCUCUUCCUGCUCAAGCUCCUCAACAAGCUCUUCCUCAAUAUGUUCCAAAUAACGGUGCCGCACCAGCUCCACAAAUUCCAACUGGAGCAUACUUGGGUCCACAAAAGCGGGUUUAUGCUCAUGGAGUCUACAGUACCAACCAAGGACCAGUUCACAUUCAACAACUCACACCACUCCGUGCAUCUACUUCAUCCCUUGUACGAUCGUACCGUUCUGCCGCACAGGCUCCUCAUCCAGUUGUUUAUGUUCCACACUCACGUGCUAAGCGACAAGCUGUUCAAAAGCAAAUUGUACAUUCCGCAAUCCAAACUGUUCUUCCACAUACCCGUGUUGUCCGAGGACACACUUCACAAUACCAACAACCAGUCUACCAACCUCAACCUCAAUUGGGUGCUGGUCCUCGUUACCCACCUCCUCCAGCGGUUCUCACUGCCCCAGCCCCAGCCUUGGUUCCAGCACCAAAUCUAUGCGCUCGUUGUCCAGGUGUCGGAUCUGCUGGCACUGAAGACCCAGUCAGCUUCAUCCGCCAACUUGCAGCCCAUUUGGAUAUGAGCAAAUUGAACGAUUUAUACUUGGGUGUUCAACUAUUGAAUGCUUAUGCCACAUCAAAUGACUUCACUGUUGAUUUGACCGGAGAAUUCAGUGUUAACGGACAAGGAGGAACACCAUUCGGUCCAUUCCCUACUCAGUUCCCAGGAGCAUACGAUAACCAUAUGGCUGAGUUCAUUGUCACUGAUUAUACCAUCAACUCCUUGUUCUACUGGAUGCACAGAAAGGCUUUCCUUACCUUCCGUAUUGGACCCGACACUCCAAAGAUUGGAUCUCUUCUUAAGACAACAUGUAGCGAUGAUGAAGAUUCUCUUGAAGCCACUGAAGUCGAAUUGGAUGAAGAAGAAGAAAGCCGUAGAUUACGUCGUAAAGUCAUUCUGUCCGCUGCUCAAACUCUUCGCAUUCGUCGUCAUCCACACGACAAACGCAAACGUCGUCAAGAUGAUGGUGGAUUAGCUGAUUUAGGAAUUUGCUUCGGAGACAUCCUUCCAACUGUUCGUGAGAAAUAUCCAGACAAAAAGAUUGCUAUCCAAGUACGAACUGUACGUGCUCCAUCUGUUAUUCUUUCACAAGCUAAAGGAGGAACAGCUACUCUUGAGCUUUUGGCUGAUGCUGACAUCUACAUUGAUGGAACUAACACAAGAGUUGGAACUAUUACAAUUGCUGCUACUGUUGUAGUUGUUGCUCAAGUUAAUGGAAAUCGCAUUAGUGGCUCAGCUGAAAUAACUCAACUCAAAUUGACUGACAGAACAGGAACUCUUGGAUUACCCCAAGAUGCUCUUGAUAAUCUUGGCAAUUUGGGCAAAGAAUUACUUCAAAAAUUAGCAAAUGAUGCUCUUGGAAAGGGAAUUGUAUUGAAUAUUCCAUCUGGAGGACUUGGCGGUCUGCCAAUCAACAUCAUCAACCCAAGUUUCAGAAUAAUCGAACACGGCUUAUAUAUUGCUACGGAUAUGACUAUUUCCCCAUCAUUAUUGGGUUCGAUUGGAGGUUCCUGUCGUUAG